AUGCCCCACACCCUGACGCGGUCGUCAUACGGGCCACAUUGUACAAGAGCCAGGGUGCACAGCACCAGCAGACCAAGGGACAGAGAGAGAGAGGCCAUGGUACACUGUCUGAGAGAGAGGAGAGGAGAGGAGAGGAGAGGAGAGGAGAGGAGAGGAGAGGAGAGGAGAGGAGAGGAGAGGAGAGGAGAGGAGAGGAGAGGAGAGGAGAGGAGAGGAGAGGAGAGGAGAGGAGAGGAGAGGAGAGGAGGGGAAGAUGUAAACAUGUCAGAUGGGUGUCCAUAAGAGCUUGAAACUAACACUACAAACUGUAUUCAGACAGGAGUAAAAAAUAGAGGUGAAAGUUCAGGACAUAUUAUCAGUAUUAACAGAUUAGUUAUUGGAGGAAUAGAGAGAGAGAGAGAGAGAGAGAGAGAGAGAGAGAGAGAGAGAUUAGGUAAGAAAUGAUGUGGAAACUGAGCUGACCAUAUUAGAGACACAUACCUCCCUCAGAUUACACAGACCCACAAAAAUGUGAAAACAAAUCUAAUUUUGUUAAACUCCCAUAUCUGUUGGGUGAAAUACCACAGUGUGCAAUCACAGCAGCAAGAUUUGUGACCUGUUGCCACAAGAAAAGGGCAACCAGUGAAGAACAAACACCAUUGUAAAUACAAUCCAUAUUUAUGUUUAUUUAUUUUCCCUUUUGUACUUUACCUAUUUGCACAUUGUUACAACACUGUAUAUAGCAAUAAUAUGACAUUUGAAAUGUCUCUAUUCCUUUGGAACUUUCUGAGUGUCAUUUUUACUGUUCAUUUUAUUGUUUUCUUCACUUUUGUUUACUAUCUACUUCUCUUGCUUUGGCAAUGUUAACAUAUGUUUCCCAUGCCAAUAAAGCCCUUAAAUUGAAAUUGAAAUUGAAUUGAGAGAGAGAGAGAGAGAGAGAGAGAGAGAAAUAAAUGGAAGACACGCUAGAACAAUCCUGAAUCAGCAGAAAUACAGGCUCUUAUUCAAUUGCAGAUAGUAGCUUUUCAGAAGUGUGUUUGAUUUACACACCAGCGUAUCCUGGAUGGAGGGAGAUCACACUUGAUAUGGAAACUGUCAGUCCCAUGGUGUGACACAUUCAGUUCUGACAGCAAACCUUGCUGAGAAGUCAUCCAGUGGACUCAACCAAACUGAUAGUCCAUUUCUAUAUCUGCUGCUGUGGAAAUCUAAAAGCGUUUUUAGGAAAGCCACUCACUGUCUGCAAUCAACUGAUUCACGAGAGAGAGCGAGAGAAAACAACAGACAAUGUCCUACCUGUAUAUUCUUGAGAUGGACGUCUGUCUUUCUCUAGUCACCCAACUGCUGAUGGUCCUUACUGUGCCCUCUAGCUGUUUAUAAAGAUCUCAGCCCCCCCCCCCCCCCAGGUGGUAUGAUGACCCACAGGUGGUAUGUAGGACUACUUAGUUACGCAUUAACCAAUGAGAACACCCCCUAUAUUACCAGGAGACAUAUGGAAGCCUAUAAAGUGUAACAACAAAUUCUGAUACUAUCUGAAAUGCUGAUUGAACAAAUUCUAUUCCAGAUAAUGUCAAAAGGCCAGCCCAGUGAAUAAACAGUUAGGUAAGGUAGAGGGUGGAGAUGGUAAAUAGUACUGCAUAGAGUUUAGAAUAAUUCAUCAAUAAUACCAUUGAUCACUAUCUAUAUGAAGACAACAGGCGCCACACAGCCCACUGUUUCAGUAGGAGUGGUAUUAUAAGGACCACUCCUACAGUGACAAUGUUUACGUCCCAAAUGUCACCCUAUUCCCUAUAUAGUGCACUAAUGUUCAAAAGUAGUGCACUGUAAAGUGAAUAGGGUGUCAUAUGGGACAAAGCCUAUACACACUACAGUUAUACCACUCUCUCUGUGACGCCUCAUACAAACAGUGUCUCUGGCUUCAAUAGAAGCUUCAUCCCAGGGCCCUAUCAACCGGAUGAGUUGUAAAACCUUUCGGUUUUAUCCUCAAUCACUUUGAAUGCAGUGAAUCCACUUGUGGUUAAUAUUACAAGAUCUAAUUAAUAAACUUUUUGUAUUAAAGAAGUACAGAAGACUACAGAGCUAAUUAAGGUGUAAUAAUAUGCGCCACUUGUCACGGUUUCGGCCGAGGCUGCUCCUCCUCCUGGUUCGGGCAGGCUUCGGCGGUCGUCGUCCCCGGAGUACUAGCUGCCACCGAUCGAUGUUUCAUGUUUGUUUGGUUUUGUCUUUAUGUUUUACACCUGUGUCUUGUUAGUCCUCGUUAGUGUCCUAUUUAGUUCUCGUUAGUUGUGUUUGUCUUUGUGUGUGAUUGCUCUUCUGUUUUCGUGUUGGAGCUACGUACUUCCCUCCAGUGUUUUGGAGAGGGUUUUCGCACAUGUUUGUGCGCCAUUUGUUUGACGCCUGUGUGCGCCGUUAUUUCGCCUUUGGGCUUAUUGUGCUUAUUUUCUACGUGAUUAUUGCACUAAAGUCUUUUGGACUGAGCUUCUGCGUCCUGCGCUUGAUUCAUGCACCACACCCACCUUCAGCACCCCUUGACAGAAUCACACACCAGAAUGGAAUCAGCAGGAUCUGCAGUUACGCCUGAGUCGCUCGAGGAGCAUGUCCGCGGCCAAGAUGACCAGAUACGACAACUGGGGACCGCUCUACAGGACGUCAUCAACACCUUGCACCGAUGGGAGGCCAGCGGGGUACCCACGCCUCCACCUACUCUGCCAACCCCAUCGGCCGGUCCACCAGUCCCAGGUCCGGAACCCAGGGGGAUUCGGCUCUCGCUCCCGAAGGGCGUAUGAAGGGACAGCUGCCGGGUGUCAGGGGUUCCUCCUGCAGGUGGAGCUCUACCUGGCCACUGUACACCCGGUGCCCUCGGGACACGAGAGCGUUUCCGCCCUCAUCUCCUGUCUCACGGGCAAGGCGUUGGAGUGGGCUAACGUCGAGUGGAGGAAGAUGGACGCCAACACCAUCUCCUACGCCGAGUUCUCCCGUCGCUUCAAGGUCGUGUUCGACCAUCCACCUGAGGGCAAAGCGGCGGGGGAGCGUCUAGUCCACUUGAGACAGGGGAGGAGGAGCGCACAGGCGUUUGCUCUAGAGUUCCGGACUCUAGCGGCGGACGCAGGGUGGAAUGAACGGGCCCUCAUUGACCAUUACCGAUGUAGCCUACGGGAGGACGUUCAACGUGAGUUGGCCUGCAGGGAUACCCAUCUUACCUUCGACCAGUUGGUCGAUAUGUCCAUCCGUCUGGACACCCUGCUGGCCACCCGUGGACGUCCCGAGGGGGGUCCGUCCAUUCCGCCCUCCGGCACCUCCGAGCCGAGCCCUAUGGAGCUCGGGGUUGCCGGCGCUAGAGAAAGGAGGAGGAGGAGCCCGAGGGGGCCUGUCUCCUGCACCAAGUGCGGUCGUGGAGGGCACACUGCGGCCAGGUGCUGGGGAGGGUUCUCCGGGGGAGAAGACAACAGGCCACGCACUGGGGGGGCCUCCCAGGUGAGUAGACGUCCCACUUACCCAGAGCUUUCUGUUGCGCACUUUUGUCUACCUGUUUGUUUUCCACAGGUUGCACCUCAUUCCCAGCAUAAGGCGCUAGUAGAUUCAGGCGCAGCUGGGAAUUUUGUUGAUCGGAAGUUUUGUGUAGAUUUAGGGAUCCCUCUCCUACCUGUUGACAAACCUUUUCCCGUUCAUGCCUUAGAUAGCCGCCCGUUGGGGUCGGGGUUGAUUAGGGAGAUCACAGCGCCACUUAGGAUGUGUGCGCAGGGGGGUCAUGAAGAGACUAUACAGCUGUAUCUGACUCUCCUGCGUACCCAGUGGUGCUGGGAAUUCCCUGGUUAAGCACCCAUAACCCUGCUAUUUCGUGGCAACAGAGGGCUCUCGAUGGGUGGUCUGCUCAGUGCGAGGGGCGAUGUCUGGGUGUUUCCGUGGGGGCGACUUCGGUGGAAAGUCCAAACCAAGUGCCCGCACUGCACAUUCCGCCUGAAUAUGGGGAUUUAGCUCUCGUGUUUAGCAAGACUAGGGCGACGCAGUUGCCUCCUCAUAGACAGGGGGAUUGUGCGAUUGAUCUCCAGGCAGGAGCAGCGCUCCCACGGAGCCAUGUGUAUCCUUUGUCUCAAGAGGAGAGAAAAGCUAUGGAGACUUACAUAGCCGAAUCUUUGAGACAGGGAUACAUUCGGCCCUCCACUUCUCCCGCCUCCUCAAGCUUCUUUUUUGUGAAAAAGAAAGAUGGAGGGUUGCGCCCGUGCAUUGAUUACCGUGGUCUCAAUCAGAUUACUGUGAAAUACAGUUAUCCACUCCCUCUGAUUGCGACCAUGACGGAGUCAUUGCAUGGAGCACUGUUUUUCACAAAACUGGAUCUCAGGAGCGCGUAUAACUUGGUGCGCAUUAGGGAGGGCGACGAAUGGAAGACAGCGUUUAGUACCACGUCAGGUCAUUUCGAGUAUCUUGUCAUGCCAUAUGGGUUGAUGAAUGCUCCAUCAGUCUUCCAAUCCUUCGUAGAUGACAUUUUCCGGGAUAUGCAGGGACAAGGGGUGGUUGUGUACAUUGAUGAUAUUCUGGUGUACUCGUCUACCCGAGCCGAGCAUGUAACCCUGGUGCGUCGUGUAUUGAGGAGGCUGUUGGAGCACGACCCUAUAUGUCAAGGCAGAGAAAUGUCUGUUUUUCCAGGAGUCGGUCUCCUUUUUGGGUUAUCGGUUGUCCGCGUCAGGGGUGAGAAUGGAGGUGGAUCGUGUGUCCGCUGUGCGUAAUUGGCAAACCCCAACCACUGUAAAAGAGGUGCAGCAGUUCUUGGGCUUUGCGAAUUACUACCGGAGGUUUAUCUGGGGUUUUGGACAGGUGGCAGCUCCCAUCACGUCCCUUCUGAAAGGGGGUCCGGUGCGCCUGCAGUGGUCAGCUGAUGCGGACAGGGCCUUUGGGAGACUGAAGGACCUGUUUACGUCGGCUCCGGUGCUGGCGCAUCCGGAUCCCGCAUUACCCUUUCAGGUUGAGGUGGACGCGGCUGAGGCAGGUAUAGGGGCCGUUCUCUCUCAACGGUCCGGCUCGCCACCUAAACUCCGCCCCUGUGCCUUUUACUCAAAGAAGCUCAGCCCGGCGGAGCGUAACUAUGACGUUGGGGACAGGGAGCUGUUAGCUGUAGUUCAAGCCCUUAAGGUGUGGAGGCAUUGGCUUGAGGGGGCUCAACACCCUUUCCUCAUUUUGACUGACCAUCGGAACCUGGAGUACAUCCGGGCAGCGAGGAGACUGAACCCUCGCCAGGCUCGAUGGAGUAUGUUUCUCACCAGGUUCAUAUUUAAAAUCACGUACAUCCCUGGGUCCCAGAAUGGUAAGGCAGAUGCACUGUCCCGGCGGUAUGACACGGAGGAGAGGUCCGUUGAGCCUACUCCCAUACUACCGGAGUCUUGCCUUGUGGCACCGGUGGUGUGGGAGGUCGAUGCCGAAAUCGAGCGAGCGUUGCGUACCGACCCCAGCCCUCCACAGUGACCUGAGGGUCGGAAGUACGUUCCGCUCGAGAUUCGGGAUCGACUCAUUUACUGGGCUCACACGUCACCCUCCUCUGGACAUCCGGGUAUUGGCCGGACAGUGCAUUGCCUUAGCACUAAAUACUGGUGGCCUACUUUGGCUAGGGAUGUGAGGGUUUAUGUCUCCUCCUGCUCGGUGUGCGCCCAGUGUAAGGCACCCCGACAUCUGCCCAGAGGUAAGUUACAACCCCUGCCCGUUCCACAACGACCAUGGUCCCACCUCUCGGUGGAUUUUGUGACAGACCUUCCCCUCUCUCAGGGGAAUACUACCAUCCUGUUCGUUGUGGACCGGUUCUCAAAGGCCUGUCGUCUUCUCCCUAUGUCGGGUCUUCCUACUGCCCUACAGACCGCUGAGGCCCUAUUUACCCACGUCUUCCGGCAUUACGGGGUACCCGAGGAUAUAGUGUCUGAUCGAGGCCCCCAGUUUACCUCCCGUGUUUGGAGAGCGUUCAUGGAGCGUUUGGGGGUCUCGGUUAGCCUUACCUCAGGGUACCACCCGGAGAGUAACGGGCAGGUAGAACGUGUCAACCAGGAUGUGGGUAGGUUUCUGAGGUCGUAUUGCCAGGACCGGCCUGAGGAGUGGGCACGGUACAUUCCCUGGGCCGAGAUGGCCCAGAACUCUCUCCGCCACUCCUCUACCAACCUAACCCCCUUCCAAUGUGUGUAGGUUACCAGCCGGUUCUGGCACCGUGGCAGCAGAGCCAGAUCGAGGCCCCUGCGGUGGAUGAUUGGAUGAGGCGCUCGGAAGAGACGUGGAACGCUGCCCACGUCCACCUGCAGCGGGCACGUCCUUCAUCACAAGGCGAGCGCCGAUCUCCACCGCAGUGAGGGGCCGGUGUACGCACCUGGAGAUCGAGUCUGGCUCUCUACCAGAAAACCUACCCCUCCGCCUGCCCUGCCGGAAGCUGGGUCGGCGAUUUGUGGGGCCCUUUAAAGUCCUGAGAAGAUUUGAACGAGGUGUGUUAUAGGUUACAUCUACCUGUUGAGUAUAAGAAUAUUAACCCCUCGUUCCAUGUGUCUCUUCUCAGGCCGGUGGUAGCUGGUCCACUCCAGGACAAUGAGAUAGGAGAGACUCCUCCGCCCCCACUGGACAUCGAGGGGGCUCCGGCGUACACCGUUUGGUCCAUCUUGGACUCCAGACGCCGGAUGGGGGGUCUCCAGUAUCUCGUGGAGUGGGAGGGGUACGGCCCGGAGGAUCGGUGCAGGGUGCCGCGGAGGGACAUCCUAGACCCAUCUCUCCUGUCGGAGUUCCACCGGGACCAUCCCGCGCGCCCUGCUCCGCGUCCUCCUGGUCGUCCCCAAGGUCGGGGUCGGCGCACGGCUGGGGCCGCGCGUCAAGUGGGGGGGGGGGGGGGGGGGUACUGUCACGGUUUCGGCCGAGGCUGCUCCUCCUCCUGGUUCGGGCAGGCUUCGGCGGUCGUCGUCCCCGGAGUACUAGCUGCCACCGAUCGAUGUUUCAUGUUUGUUUGGUUUUGUCUUUAUGUUUUACACCUGUGUCUUGUUAGUCCUCGUUAGUGUCCUAUUUAGUUCUCGUUAGUUGUGUUUGUCUAUGUGUGUGAUUGCUCUUCUGUUAUCGUGUUGGAGCUACGUACUUCCCUCCAGUGUUUUGGAGAGGGUUUUCGCACAUGUUUGUGCGCCGUUUGUUUGACGCCUGUGUGCGCCGUUAUUUCGCCUUCGGGCUUAUUGUGCUUAUUUUCUACGUGAUUAUUGCACUAAAGUCUUUUGGACUGAGCUUCUGCGUCCUGCGCUUGAUUCAUGCACCACACCCACCUUCAGCACCCCUUGACACCACUCCCACAGUGACAAUAUACACUGACUACAGAACAUACCCCUCUCUCCUCUCUCUGUGGCGCCACACACAAACACAGGCUGCUGCUGGAAGUCUUAUCUUUUAGCAGCAGCCGUCUGUCUGUCUGUGCUACAGGAUCCUAGCCACAUCUGCCAAGGGAAUUUUUUGAAUGUUUGAAUUAUGUUCAUGUUCACUUUAGAAUGUUGUUAUUGUGAUGUCAUCCCACAGCUGAAGUAUGUACAGACGUGUGGAUCUAGUCUACAGCUUUCUGUAAUCUUAUCAGAGAGGGUGUUGAGAUACAGUUAUAUAUUGGCCGUUAUUGAUUUGUCACUUUCUUAAAAGCGAUGAGACAGGAGAUAGAUAUUUGCUAAAAGAUGGUAAUGAUGUGUCUGUAAAAAAAAAUUAUGUCUCUCAAAAUCUCCGGAAUUCGUAAAUAAAGCAAAAAAUGUAUAAUCACUGAGAAAUAUGAAGACAGGAACAGAUGUAAAGCUUCUACUAACACUUUACGAUGAUAACACAAAGAACCAGUCUGAGACCAUAUAAUGCUGAGAUGCAGGUUUCUUUAUUCAUGCCAUACUGAAGUGAGGAUUGUCAUAUCAGAUGAGACACUCACAUGAGAGUAGGGUCAAAGGCUGAAAGUCAAAGUUCAUCCUCUUGGGACAGAGCUGCUGUCUCGCUGUAGCUAUAGUUGAGGGUUCAGGAAACUCUGCCCCAGGAAACGUUCCAUACUAUGGACUACAUCUGUAACUGUGGUGGAACAGGUCCCCAGGUGGUCGUCAGCUGAUCUGUAACUAUGUUGGAAUAGUUUUUUAUUUUUGUUGCAUCAUCUUUGAAAUGCAAAAGAAAGGCCAUACAUUGACAUAGAAAGCUGGGUGUAAUUUAGAUGUUGUCCACAAGAGGGCAGCUGUGUGUGUGCAAAGGUUCAGACUGAUACAUUCAAGAAUGAGAGAGCUACAUAUCCCAUAAACAUUUAUUCAAUCAAUUUUAGAAUAAGGCUGUAAUGUAACAAAAUGUGGAAAAAGUCAAGGGGUCUUAAUACUUUCCAAAUGCACUGUAUGUAUUUACUGAGAGCUGCAAUAUAUUUACCAGGUGAAGUUGCCAUUAACGAGUACGAGAUUAAUCUGUAAGUGUUUGCUCUCUUCAGAAGUAAACGUUCGUAUUCCUGCUUAAGUUCAGAAAUAGUAUUUUCUUCUUUACCUUGUAAAGAUUUUUUAUGGACUUUUUCUAAAAUAGUGAUUUCUUAUUUUCUUUUUUUUUUCUCGGGGUUUAUCUAGAAGAGAUGUUCAUUCUCCAAAUUUGUCGCUAAAUGUUUUUUUCUAUUUGUGUAAUUAAGCAUGAAUGAUCCGAUAGCACUAUAUCGUGAAUUUUUUUAUCCAGUAAAUUGUUGAGUGCAUUUUUGGAAAUAAAAAUGUAAUCACAUUUUGGAUAGCUUUUCUUACUUUGAGAAAAAAAGGAAUAGUCUUUUGUAGUUGGGAAUAGUAAUCUCCAGGUGUCCUGUAAAUUAUUUGCAGAGAUGACAUUUUUCAGUCUCUUUGGAGGCUCCCUAAGUCUGUCAAUCUUAUCAAAUGUGUGAUUUAGGUCACCUGCUAAAAUAAUAGUUCCUUUCUGGAUUUUAUCUAAUAUAGCUUGAAUUCUAUCUAAAAACACCAGAUUUGCCCCUGGUGGGAUAUACAAUGAAAUCAAUGUUUAUCUUUUACCAUGUACAAUUCAACAUUAGAAAAUGGCCGCCUUAGAAAAUAUGCUGGGAUAUGAGGGAAAAUUGUGUUUUCUUAUUUAUUAGGAUGCCUAACCCUCUGCUGUUACUACAGUGGGUGGCAGCAUGGGCCUCUCCAACACAGCUCCUCUUUAAAUGUUCAAUUUCGUAUUUUUUUUUUAAUGCAAAGAACCCCCACAUCUUUAGGUGUUCGAGAACCAUAUGCUUGGUUUACCCAUCAUGGAGCCUGUUGACAUUCCAUGUGAUAAGUUGGAUUUUGUUGGUAUUUACUUGUAUAGUUAAAGUUAACCUUAUCCCCCCACUCAUCCAUUCACACACAACAUACACCCCACGCCUCCGCACACCCACUUUCUCCUGCCCUCCCACACACAUCCACAAUCACCCUCCCGCACUCUCCCAUCCCACAUGCACAGACACAUACCCACAUAUACACACACUCACACCCUCUCUCUCUCACUCACACACACACACACAUCCAUAGAAAAAUGAUUGACUUACAUGCUAUAUUUCCUCUUUUAUAUUGUCCUUUCAGUGUACAUGUAUCUCCUUGGCAUUGACUAAUUCUAUAGUUACUUUCUAGAGAAGAACAGUUACUUGGGGACAAUAGAAUCUAAAUUGUAUUGGGGGAGGGGGAAGGAAUAUUGUCUCAAUUUACGAUAAGCUGGUCUUGGGAAAAAUGGGUGUAACCUCAUGUUGUAUGUAUGUAUUCUUGUUUGCUGACAAUUAUUAUUACUAAAUAAAAAACAUUUGAUCACCAAAAAAAGAAAUGAGGAUAUCCUAAUAAUAAAGUACGAUACAGGCCACAUAUCUAAUCUGUGGAGUCACAAUGUUGUCAUAGUUACAAAAACAUAUUUGACCACUGUUUUUGCAAAGUAAGAAAUAUGUUUGUAAAAUGCUCUGUGUUAACCAGAAAAAAACCUGACUUGCAUUUAUUUGCUAAUCAUCAUUUGUUUUUGUUAAUGAUGACUCAUAUUUUCUUUUGGAUCAUGACAUAUGUUUGUGAAACUAUACGGGCAUAUUUACAGACUGUGAUAUUUAUUUGAAAGUUGCAUUCUAUAUUUGCACAACACCUCUUUUGUUUCUGAAAUCAUUAACAACAAUUCUGACCCCCACCUGGAGUAACGAGUUCAUCUGCAAUGAUGUGGCCAAUGACAACCUGGAGCUGGAGAUGUGGGACAACGAUGUGUCAGCUGACGACCACCUGGGGACCUGUUCCACCACAGUAACAGAUGGAGCCCAUAGUAUGGAAUGUUUCCUUUUGAGAGACACACUCUCCACAAUGAUUGAGGAUAAAACCAAAAGGUUUUACAACUCAUCCGGUUGAUAGGGCCCUGGGAUGAAGCUUCUAUUGAAGCCAGAGACACUGUUUGUAUGAGGCGUCACAGAGAGAGUGGUAUAACUGUAGUGUGUAGAGGCUUUGUCCCACAUGACACCCUAUUCACUUUACAGUGCACUACUUUUGAACAUUAGUGCACUAUAUAGAGAAUAGGGUGACAUUUGGGACGUAAACAUUGUCACUGUAGGAGUGGUCCUUAUAAUACCACUCCUACUGAAACAGUGGGCUGUGUGGCGCCUGUUGUCUUCAUAUAGAUAGUGAUCAAUGGUAUUAUUGAUGAAUUAUUCUAAACUCUAUGCAGUACUAUUUACCAUCUCCACCCUCUACCUUACCUAACUGUUUAUUCACUGGGCGGCCUUUUGACAUUAUCUGGAAUGAAUUUGUUCAAUCAGCAUUUCAGAUAGUAUCAGAAUUUGCUGUUACACCUUAUAGGCUCCAUAUGUCCUCCGGUAAUAUAGGGUGGGGUUCUCAUUGGUUAAUGCGUAACUAAGUAGCCCUACAUACCACCUUGGGUCACCCAUACCACCUGGGGGGGGCGAGAUCUUUAUAAACAGCUAGAGGGCACAGUAAGGACCAUCAGCAGUUGGGUGACUAGAGAAAGACAGACUCCAUCUCAAGGAUAUACAGGGAAACAUUGUCUGUUUUCUGGUUCUGUUUCUCUAUACCUCUACACUCCCCCUCUUCUCUCUCUUUUCUCUCUCUCCCCCUCUCUCUCUCUCUCUCUCUCUCUCCCCUUCUCCUCUCCUCCUCUUCUUCUCUUUUCUCUCUCUCUUCUCCCCCUUCUAUCUUCUCAAGCUCAGUCCUCUCUCUCUCUAAUUCAUCUCUCUCUCUCCAUGUCUCUCUUUCCCUCUCUGCUUUCAUCUCUCGCGUUCUCUUCUCUGUGUCGCUUGUUGUCGCGUCUGUCUUCCUCCACUGACUGAUCUCUUACUAAAGAUAAUACAUCCUGAUCUUUCAAGUUUGUAGUGUUAGUUUAAAGCUCUUAUGGACACCCAUCUGACAUGUUUACAUCUUCCUCUCCUCUCCUCUCACUCUCCUCCUCCUCUCUCACAUGAUAUAUCCUCUCCUCUCUCUCCUCUCCUCUCAUCUCCUCUCCUCUCCUUCUCCUCUCUCUCCUUCUCUCCUUCUCCUCUUCUCUCUCCUCUCUCUCAGACAGUGUACCAUGGCCUCUCUCUCUCUGUCCCUGGGUCUGCUGGUGCUAUGCACCCUGGCUCUUGUACAUUGUGGCCCGUAUGACGACCGCGUCAGGGUGUGGGGCAUUAGUGCCACCAACCUGAAAGGAGACUUCCUCUCCCAACCAGACCCCUACGUCAAGGUGAAUUUAUUCAUUUAUUUAACCUUUAUUUAACCAGAACAGUCAGUUAAUGAAACGUUGAUAUUUAAUAAAAAACGUUUAAUAAUAAAAGUCUACUGACAACAUUAUCUUCCUUAGGUGUGGUGCGGCCCAGCCUUCGGUGGCAUGACCAGCAUUCUGAAGAACCAGGCCAACCCCACCUGGCCCGGCGAGUUCAACUUCCUAGACGUCAUCCACAAGUCUGUCCUGAAGCUAGAGGUGAGUUUCCCCCCUUACUAUGCAAAGUGCUUUGAGCAAUGGAAAAGCAGUUUGUAAAUCCAAUCAAUUAUGAUGAUGAUGAUGAUGAGUAAGAGGAGGAGGAAGACAGGUAGGACAAGGAGGAUGAGGAGGAGAAGGAGAAUUAUGAGUAUUAUUUAUUAGUAUUAUUAUUAUUAUUUAUUUUGUAUUUUUAUUAUUAUUGUUAUUAGUAUUGUUAUUAUUAAUAAAUUAAUAAAUAUUUAUGAUGUUUUAUUUAUUAUUGUAAUUAUUAUUAUUAGGUGUGGGAUGAUAACGUCGGACCAGAUCACCGCCUGGGAACCUGCACCACCACCAUCUACCCAGGAACACACAUCGAGACCUGCCACCUGAAGAAAGGCACCGUCUACUACACCUACACCUACCAGAAGGAACAGCAGCAACAGAAGGAU